GUUACUCACUCAUCUGAAUCACACAAAAUGCAUCGAACAGAAUCUAAAGCUUCCCAAAGAUUCUAACAGCUAACCUACCAAACCCCCAAUCCUAGCAACUUGAAGCAAGCCAGCAAGAAUCUGAAUCAAUCUAGGACCUUAAGGAAUAUGUCAUCAGACUCUACAGCAAUGCCAAAUUAUUGGCACAUUCAGCACUAUAUCCAAUAGUAUCACUGGGUAAGGUGUGAACUAAUUACAUAUGGAAGCCUUCUGGCUGCCAAACUCUGCCAAUUCACUCAGUACUUGCUAUCUUAUCCCUCUGACAGAAAUAGAAAGGAGCCCCUCCUGUUACAAUGCAAUCUAGACCUGCAGACAAUAUGCCAUGAGCGAUGGAUUGCUUGUGCUAUGGUGGGGAUGAGUGGUGCUGGCCCACAUAAAGGUUUCCAUGUGGUCUUCCUUUUAAUUUAUCAUUUUCCAAAUAGUAGGUUGAGAGUUAGGGCUCUAGUGCAAGGCCCAGACCUAACUCGCCCGAAUGGAGACUAAAACUGCUAUCUGGACUUGAUCAGGCAAUGAGCUAACCAGCCAAAGAGACACAGGUAAGUAGGCUGCUGGCUCACUGUGGGCAGUCUCCCAAUGUUCCAGGCACCAUCUGCUGUUCGGUGACAAGAUACAGCUUUCCAACCAGGGGUGACAAGUAAAAUCAAACAAUAAUAUUCGGUUACACACAUGUAUGCAUUCCUAACACUCAAAGAGAAGUCGAUGUGUAUAAAUGAUUCAGCACUUAGAGUGUGCUGGGCCUUUCCACGGGUCAAUAAAUUUAAUCCCCACAAUACUGUGUCAGACCCUAGCACUACAGUACAUGUAUAUGUGAGUAUUUACUCAAAAUGUGCAGAGUGCUGUCCUUGUGUGUGCUAAUAUGCACUUUAUUCACCUGCCAUUAAGACCAGCCUUCAGAGCCAAAUGACAAAGUAAGAAUUUAUUUGUAAGGUGCACCAAGUGCUAUUCUAGGUGCUUUUUCAAUUUAUUUAAUCCCAGCAGCAACCCUGUUUUAAAUUACUAGAUUAUUAUGUAAAGUCAAAAAUACCUGCUUCUUUCCAAGGUUGGAGAUGGAGGCUGGGGGCAUAACCCAUCAGUGAGAAAAUCAACACUUCCAUUCUUCCCUUCCCCACUGGGGAGAGAAAGGAAAGAGCAACAUGGUAGAGUCUCUGUCAUUUACCUUAGUUGGAGCAGUUGGUUCUUCCUUUGGCAGAGUAUACUAAUGAUCUUUGGAGGCACAAAACUAGCCCCAGAGCCCAAGAGGGCAAGAGAGCUAAACUGCUCUGCAAACUAAAACAGAGUAGGUGAGCGCUAGGAAUAAGAAAGCAUAAGAAACACAGAGGGAGACUGGGAGCAAGUCCGUGUGGUGAUGUAAAACCAUUCAGUGUUUCGUACCCUCAGUAAAACCUGCUCACACACAGGUCUUGAGUGCUGGAUUCUGGAAAGAAAAUGACAGUAAAGGGGCUGAUUUCCAAGUCUGAUUGGCAUAGAGCCAGAAGAAGAAGAGCAACGAUAGUGGGUGACAACCAAGGGAGAUGGGGUGUUCUUUGGAAGCUGGAAUUCUGUGCCAGAAGUGAUGGUGAGACAUAGCUCCCCCACCUCUCGAUCUGGAAUUCUAACGGAAAGCGGAAUGCAAGAUCAGACCGACUGGUUUUAAAUCUCAGUUGUCAAGAUGACCUAGGCCAAUAUCUCAGUUACAUUUGGAAUUGUUCCCCUUCUUUUGCCUUUGUCAAUAAGAACCUUCCACACACAUUCAUAGUAACACUUAUCAAACUAUAUUGUAGUUACCUGUACUUUUCUGUCUAUAUUCCCUGCUACGCUAGGGGCAGAGAUUGUACUAGUCUUAUCCAACUUCCAGCAGCCAAAAUAAUACCCAGCCUAUGUGUUAAAGAAAUGAAACUGUCCGGAGGCACAUGUGUAGGCUUACCUACUUGUACGUCCACGGUCUUUCCCCUUUAUCAGAGAGCCUCUCUUCACUUAGGGCUACAUCGCAUUUAACUUUAGCUGUUACCCUCCUGGUUAGAAUAAUAAACUUCAUCUAUUAAAAGAAUAAGUUCCUCAUGGAAUCUUCCCAGAGCCCCUUCACAUUGCACGCCAAAGGCACACAAUGGCCUCAUGACCACAUUCAACGCCAGCUCAUUCAAUCCCUAACUGUCAGAGUUCUCCUGCAGAGGCUAUGAACACCAACAGUAGCUAUGGUCAAUUGUGGAAAGUGAGGGUAAGAAGACAGGUUCAUUUCCUGGAUAUUCCUAAAUAUAGUAGCCAGGAAUGUUCACAGACUAUAUGGUGAAUUCCAAAAAAAGUUUUUAGAUUAUGUCAAAUAACGAAGCAAUUGUAAGGGACUCACUUACUGACUUUUUUUCUGAGAGAAAAGGAGGAGCCUUUUUUUUAAAGCAGCUGUGUUGUCCUUUCUUGCUUUUAAUUAUGUCCCCAAGACUUUUUUUAAUAUCAACGUUAUUGGCUUCAAUAAGAAUCACUGCAUUGUGACACAAAUGAAAUGGAACCGCACAGAACAAAUAUAAGGACGUUUCCAAAACAUGACAUAAGAGAUACCGCCAAAAUAAUAGCUUCGUUUUUACUCAGAGAUUUGGCCAACUGUUUAGAAAAUUUACUCAUAUUUUGCCUUACCAGAGGAAAUCCAAUAUCACACAUUCAAUUUCACCACUUUUUCUAAGCAGGAAAAUAUCAGGCAAGAAAGGUGAAGUGACACUGAGAAAUGGAUUGAAGGAAAAUCUUCCCCUCCAGGGAAGGAGUGGGAGCGGAGUGAGGAAUCCUGAUUGAACACAAAACUAUGACCAAGCGGUGAAGCACAACGCGGGGUAGGAAUGUUGUGAGCAUUUACGAGUGUGAGAUUUACACCAUUAUAAUCCUAACGUGUUCGUGCAGAAUAACAACACAGCCUAUCUGCUGUACAAUGAUGGGGCCCCUACAUCUGCGAAUUACAGCAGAAAGUAUGGACACACUAAAGCUCCUGAAGAAGGCUAUGAUUACCCGCCCACAGGAAGAAGACAUGGACAAACUGGCAUCUGCAUAACUUUUAAGUACAACCAGUAUGGAGCAAUAGAUUCUCAGCUCUUGGUCUAUAAUCCAAACAUUUAUAGCUGUUCCAUCCCAGCCAUCUUCCACCAGGAGCUCGUUCACAUGCCCCAGCUGUGCACCGGGUCCAGCUCAUCCAAGAUCCCUGGCCGGCACCUCACCGCACUUCAGUCAGCCCGGGGCCAAAAAUUCCUCCAUUUUGCAAAGUCUGAUUCUUUCCUUGAUGACAUCUUUGCAGCCUGGAUGGCUCAACAUUUGAAGACGCACUUGCUAACAGAAACCUGGCAGCGAAAGAGACAAGAGCUUCCUUCAAACUGCUCCCUUCCUUACCAUGUCUACAAUGUCAAAGCAAUUAAGCUAUCUGGACGGUCUUAUUUCAGUUCUUACCAGGAUCAUGCCAAAUGGUGUGUUUCCCAAAAGAGGGCCAAAAAUAGCUGGACCUGUAUUGGAGACCUAAAUCGCAGCCCAUACCAAGCUUUCAGAAGUGGAGGAUUCAUUUGUACCCAGAAUCAACAUAUUUACCAUGCAUUUCAAGGACUGGUUUUGUAUUAUGAGCACUGUAACUAAACUUGGUGAAAGGACAUAUGUACUAUCAUUUUCAAUGCUGACGAUGGGUCUUCUUCCAUCAGAUCCAUUCUUCAUAUAUUAAAAGCCUGUGAAUGCAGUUAUAGUCCACAUAUGAUCAAAUAAAAUGCUUUCUACCAUGUUUACCAUUUUAUCCUCCACAUAGUGGCAAUUUAUCUUUGCAUUUAUAUGUCAUAAAUAUAAAUUAUUAUACAAAACUAAAGUGAGAAUGGGUGGAGUGGAAGAAAAAAAUAUUCUCAAUUGUUCAUAAAUGGACUGAAUAUCUCCUAGAUUAAUUUCAUCUCCUUCACAAAGAUUUUCCUGACUCUUCUCCUCAUCCCCUGUUGAAGGAAAAAAAAUCUCGCUCUGUAUCUCAUACCAUUUAGUCAUAUUCUUCUUGGAGUUCUUUUCACUGGUUUAUGGUUAAGUCUUGUUAUCCUUGCAGCUGCCCCUUACUAAUCUUACAAUCUUAGGCCAGUCACUUGAACUCUCUGAGCUUUGGUUUUCCAUCUAUGAAAUGAAAAUAAUGUCUAGAUAUGUUUAAGCACCUAGCACAGAGCCUAACAGAGUUGACACUUAAAAAUAAU